AUGGCGAAUGUGGGAAAAGUUUUAGCUACUAUAAAAGCGGUUAUAACUCGUCUCGUCUUCGCUUGCCACGGCAUAAUAGCUAUAUGGCAGGUGACUUUGUUCAAAGAUGACAUCGAAUACUGGUAUUUGGCGUCCCCUAUUAUGCUUCUAAUAUUCGAAGGAGUCUUUACGUUGACUAUAAAAGAAAAUCAAGAGUGGAAAUGGUUUUGUCCAUCCGUGUUCAUCUACCUAGGUUUGGUUGUGCCAGCAAUAUGGUUACUAGAGCUGCACAAAGUCGACCUAAGGCUGCAGAAGAAGACGAUCAACGUGACUUAUGUGGAGAACUUUGAUGUUCAAAAUAUUCUAAUUCAUCUUAUUUCCGCCUCCCAGACAGACAUCCCCAUACCAGGCGCCACGAAGAUCCCCACAGACAUGUGGGUGACGCUAAUUGAACAGUUUCUGAUGCUUACCCUCAUCGUGGGACGGUGGUUACUGCCCAAGGGAGACCUGACGAGGGACCAGCUCAGUCAACUGCUACUUGUUUAUAUCGGUACGGCAGCGGACAUAAUAGAAUUCUUCGACUCCUUCAAAGAUGAGAAGGUGGCCACGGAGAAAGUCCUAGUACUCCUAACCCUGGCGAUAUGGUCAUGGUCCCUCAUGCAAUUCACAGUAGUCCUGACUGCAACCAAGUCCAGGAAAUCCCGAGGAACAGCCAAUAGGUCCGACAUAAAUAGCAAGGCGUGCUGCUGUUCAAUCGAAGUGUGUGCCAUUAUCAUGAAUAUAGCUCUUCAAGAUGCACCGUUCUUGGCGUUCCGACUUCUAAUCAUAUGCCAUUAUAAGAUUAUAAACUAUAUGAACAUCUUCUUCACGUGUAAGAAUACUCUGGUAAUAUUGCUACAAAUAUACAGAUUGUAUGUUUUGCACUUGGAGACCGUGGAUGAAGGUAAUGGUGGCUCCGUGUACAGAAAGAAGACCAAACAUAGGAGCACUGACAAGAAGGAGAAAGAGAAGGAGAAGAAACAUAGUAAACACAAAUCAAAAAAACAUAAGAAGAAACAUGAAGUCGGAGAGACUUCCAUAUCUGUGAUCAGCGACAGGCGACACGAUCGAGGUGAUGGGGGACGGAUCAGAGCCAUUAUCUUAACAAAUUCGGAUGAAAUCAAAGAAUUGGAGCUGUCCAAACUAUUCAAGGAUCAAGUUUCGACUGAAAAUGAAAAGAAGAAAGGGACCAAGAAAAAGCAAAAAUCGGAGAGUUCAGAAGAAUCUCUAAACAACGUUCACCAUACGACUGAUGAUUCAGGCAUUUGA